GGACGGGCGGUUUCGCGACGUUCGCUGGUGACAUACGGUUGCCGUGUAAAGUAAACGACGUACGCGGCGCGAUGAGUUUGACAGCGGCAACGAUCGACACCGAGUGACGCGCCUCCUCCUUCUCCUCCACCUCUUCCUCUUCCUUUACUCCCCUCAGCGUACACCCGGAGUAAAAAAAUCCGGAGUAAAAAACCACGAGAGCGACCAUUCGACAUGAGACGAGAGAGAGAUGCGAUCGAGGAGAGUCCCGUGACAAAAUAAGGUCUCGCCAGGCAUUUAGGUGUAUUAUUAUGGCAGGAUGGACGAACGUAAAUUGCUACCGUUGCUGAUACUCUUUCUGGCAGGAUGGCAGGAAGCAUUGGCUGUGGUACCAAUGCAGUACGUUGCUGUGGACGUGGGUAAAGAUCUGAAACUGGCCUGUGCCGAGGAGAGUGAUCUUUCACAUCCUAAGGAAUCCAAUGUGAUGUGGAUAAGAGAGGGACGGAAGGACGGACAGGUAGAACGACUGAAAAUUGAACCGAAUGGUGUGCUGGAACUGUUAAAUGUCAGCGUGGAUGACGCUGGCAAUUAUUCAUGCACUUUGGACGAUACUGUGAAAGCUAAGAUCAAUGUGGAAGUCAAAACACCUCCCCCAGCCCUGCACAAUGUAUGGGUCAAGCCAUCCACAAUAUUGGCCAACAUUCUCUGGGAAGUGGCUGGUACCGGCGGAUAUCCUAUCAUAGACUUCACUGCCGAAUAUCGUUUGAAACCAGUCACGGGCGAAGAACCGGAAGAAUGGAAGCCCAUUAUUCCAACACACAUUCCUCCAAAUUCUAGACAGAUAGAUGUGUAUCAUUUGGUGCCAAACACUACAUACUCGUUCCGAGUGUGGGCAUCCAAUCAGCUAGGAAAAGGAGAAGUUGUGGAGGUCGAAGGUCACACGCAUUACAGUGUAGAAGAAUUGGAGCUCGCCCGACACCUCUUAGCCGGCGUAGAGAAUUUCGAUACACGCGUCUGGGUGGCAGCCGUAGGUAUAGUGAUGGGCACACUUAUGAUUCUUGGUUUAGGUACUUGUUACCUACUGUAUCGCGAGUGCAAGGCACCCUCGCAGCUGGAGGAGCAGGAGGUGAUUGAGCUCGUCCCCAACAUCAUUCUGAAUCCGGGAUUUUUCGACGAGCGCACCGAGCACGUACCACAAGAUGAGAACUUCAACAAUCAGACGACUACACGCCUCAACAACAACAGCGUUGUGCAACCUAGACGGCUUUAGCGUUUUUUGUUUAGUUUAGACUUGCUCCGCUCCGAAGUGAGUAAAUUGGACGUAGUUUUCUACGUCAUCUCGAACGUAAGUAACCGAAUUUAAUCGGAAAGGCCUCGAGUUUGUCUACAAAGAAAAAAUGAAAAACGAUGAUGGACGAAAUUGAUAGACUAAAAACGCAAGACUAUUAGUAAUCAUGGCGAAAGGAGAAUACGUUUCGGGGAAAUUUCGGAACACUUCAGCAAUUCAUAGCUUCAAGUGCCUCGCUAGUUUCCUCGACUUUUCUCUUGCAAUCAGAGAUCGAACGAAAGAACGGCUUCUAUUCUAAAAGGGUUUUUCGCAAAAACCCAUAUCUCUUUAAUGCGAUUUUAAGGAUUCCAGUGGGAUAUUUGUAAAAAAUUGCUAUUAUUCUUGGAAAAUUUACAAACAAUUUCAAGGAUAAAGCGUAAGUAGAUUUUUAUAUGUGCAGUAAUAUAGAGAAAAGUGUAAAAUAGAUAGAUUAAAGCUCAUUUUUGAGAACCUGUGGGAGUUGUAUCUAUCAAAAUAUAAUGAUAUUAAACAUUAUGAUUUUAAACUUGUAGAAACAAAUGAGACUGUCGAAACAGAAGGAAUUGAAAAAAAAAAGAAAAUGAAGGUUCUCGAUUUUCGAUUCUCGUUCGAUCUCUGAUGUUACAACGCAACAAUGAAGUGUUCAAAACCAGAAUGUAAGACUCUCCACGUCAGAUUUCUUCGCGAGAGGAGGUAAUAGAUUUUUUUAGAAAUGUUUACUGCAGGACGUUCUUUGUCUUUCUCGCGUAUAGUUUCUCAACGAGACAUACUCAAUGAUUGCUCAGUGACCGAGCUUAAAAGGAAGUAGAACUCCUGUGAGCCAAAAGAAUUGUAGUAAGACUGUAACUUAAGAGCAUAAUUUAAAAGAACUCAAAGUGAAUCACGUGAUGAUCGAACGAUAUUCAAAAAAGAGAAAGAUGUAUUUUGCACUUGUUUAUCUUUUUAAAAAAGUAACUCAAUGUGCGCGAAUGGCAUGCGAGUAUUAGGAUUGUUUUAACAUGCUCAUUUAUCAUUUAAGCAAUCGGAUCGUACAUAUAUAUUUACAUAUAUACAGUAUGACGAACUUACUGCCGUUUUUAAGGUGUGCACAAGUCGUUGAAAGAUCCUUCCUAGGAAUAUCUGCGAAAGUCUUUUUUUUUUUGUUAUAAAUUUACGUUUAGAUACUCUCACUCUUUGUAUCUUUGUUGGUAUGCUGCUGCUCGUUAUGUGUGCUCCGUGGAAAAAUCCCGCGAAUUCGAAAGGAUUCGAUAGGAUAUAUAGACACAAGAAUAUUAUUUUAAUUCUAACAGUAUAUAGUAUAUAUGGACUAUUGUUUUUACAUACAUUAGAUUUUUGUCCGUAAUAUUUUUCACAAUCUGCAUGCGACUGCUCGAGGGAUGCGCAAUAUUGCUUUGGCACACUUUUGCACCACCUUUAAUACUACCACAACUAUGUCUAUGCAGUCUACGACUCGCACGUGGUUUCGCAAAAAUCAAAUUUUCCCAAACAGCGACUAAGGAAAAAGAAACGGACGGAUAACUCUGCAAAGCACAACUAUCAAUAGAUGUAAUAAACCGUACGAGAAGAUAAGUGGCGUUCCACUUCAAUAGCAUCAUUUUCCGACGAUAUUCUGAUAUCGUUUUCUAGUUGAGAAAGAAGUCUUGUACCUUUCGUUAAUACCGUCGGAAAAUGAGGCAAUAAAGAAAUGGGUCGCCUGGUACAGCAGCCUAUAACGCGCGAAGAUUAACGUGCAUUUUGCAUCGCGUGCAAUAAUAAGAUUUUAAUAAUCACUAGCACUUAAUUAUACAUUU